AUGAUAAGUGAUACAGAAGGUGAAGGGUCAUCACAAAAUUUAAGUAUGAAGAAACGAAAUCAGUCUAAUCGAAAGGAACGACGACGUAAUGAAGAGAUGAAUCUUGCAUAUGCUCGAUUACAACGUUGUGUACCACAUAUACCGCAUGAUCAGAAAUUAGCUAAAAUUAAAACUUUACGACUUGCUAUGCUUUACAUUAAGCAUUUAGAAGCAGUAGUAGAUGGAUCUGUUCGGAUUCGCUCUUCAUCAUCACACGAAUUAAGACCGCUUGAAGUGGAAGAUUUUGCAUCAAUUGCAAUGGCUGAAAUACAAGCAAGAAAUAAUUACAAGGAUCUAGCAGAGAAGGAAUUGCAACGUGGCGUUCGAACGGAAGAUAUUUGUCGACAAACUGUACCAGAACGUUACGCACUGCAGGAAAAAACGACGCAAAAUCAUUUCUCAUCAAUUAUACGAUCUUCAGUAAUACUUCAUAAUAAUAAUGCUACUUCUUCCACGUUUAUUCAUAAUAACGGAAUCUCUCCGACAGUAAUUUCUAAUAACGGAAUCUCUCCUGCAGUAAUUUCGAAUAAUGGAAUCUCUCCGACAGCAAUUCAUAAUAACGGAAUGUCUCCGACAGUAAUUUCUAAUAGCAGAAUCUCUCCAACAGUAAUUCAUAAUAACGGAAUCUCUCCCACAGUAAUUCAUAAUAACGGAAUCUCUCCGACAGCAAUUCAUAAUAACGGAAUGUCUCCGACAGUAAUUUCUACUAAUGGAAUAUCUCCGACGAUAACUCAUAAUAGUGAUAAUAAUAAUGAUAAUAAUCAUGAUACCGCAAUGUCGACUACAGUAAUUCCUAGUAAUGGAACGCAGCGGGCAAUAAUUCAUAAUACUGCUGCGGCCACUUCAACAGUAAUCCGUAAUAACGCAACUUCGCCAACCGUAAUUUCUAGUAAUGCAACAUCACCGCCAGUAAUUCAUGAUAAUUCAUCUCAGGUUUCAUCGUUUUCUGGACAAUCUGUCGCAAAUAAUUUAAAUUAUUUUUCUUUUCCUAAUUAA